UUGCAGCUUUUUUCCCCACAAGGUAUUAUAUCUGGCAGACAUAUACCAGAAAUUUCUCCAUACCAGUUAAGGGCUCCACAAGACAAUGCCAAUAAAGACAUCACAGUUCACCUUGGUCAUGGUGUAUUUGGUAGUUGUCAAAAAAAGUAUUACAAGGGAAUUCCAGUAGCUGUGAAGGAGUACAAUAACCUAUCUUCUACUAAGGAUAUUCAACGUGAAGCAGAUGUAAUGGCAAGAUGUUCCCAUCCAUCUCUUCCUCACAUCUUUGGAGUCAAUGUAACACAAAAACCUUACUUUCUGGUUUCCUAUUUCUAUGGUAUUAACAACCAGACUUGUACUUUGUACAGUGCAUUAUACCAUCCCACCAUACCCUUCACAAAAUAUUGUGCUGGAAAGAUUAUGUUUGAACUGUGCCAAGCUCUACAGCACCUUCACAUGAAACAACUUCUCCAUCGAGAUAUCAAAAGUGAUAAUAUUCUCCUGACAAUUCUGCACACAGGAUUUCAUCCCAUGCUCAUUGAUUUUGGCAAGUCCAUUAAAGUAUCUGAAGCUACUUCCAAAAGGAAGAGUCUGAGUGCACAUGAACAGGAUGGCUACCGUAAAAAGUACAGACACAUUGCUCCUGAAAUUAUUCUUGGCCAGCCACCAUCAUUUGCUUCCGAUUUAUUUUCAUUUGGUGUAGUCAUGUCUGAUAUCAGUGCCAACAUUCCUUGUGAAAAUUGCUUUCUUGAAGGAAAAAGGAAAUGCUUAGAAGAAGAUCCCAAAUUAAGAUGUUCGAUUGCGUACCUUCUCAAUCAGCUUGAAAGAAAUGUAUCCCUUUGCAAAAAGUGAAAGCAGUUCCCAGCUGAUAAUUAUGUAUAGUAUGGCCAAAUUCAAUGCUCCAUUCAUAAGCUAUAAAAUAGUAAUUAUGACAGCAGAGACCAGACAGUCGAAAUGUUGCAAAGUGCACCUGACAGGCAGUUUCAGUUUGUUAUUGUAUUCACGCUACUGGGUUUUCAAAGUGCAUUCAUUUUUCGGAAACUCACUGCAAAGAUGUAGUCAUCUUUUGGUAGCCAGUGAAAACAAUAACAUCUACACAAGGCCUUUCACAAUAAUAUGAGGAAUGCCUACAUGUACAAUGUACAAUGAUCACUUUCCUACAACUACUCAAAGGGUUCACAUUUAAAAAAAAAAUGUACAUCAUGAAUUAAGAAUUAAGAUAAAAACUGACUAGCAGCUGUUGGACCUUUGUCCAAUGGCACUCUUGUGUUGUGUUAGACCCAUAAGCCACUCUUUUUGUAACACUUCAAGGGUUAUGUGCAUGAAGGAGCUCUUAUCCAUAGAAAAAAUCCACUGCCAAAGGAUCAUCUUCUUGCUAUCUAAAUAAUAUCAGUCAAAAUGUCCAACCAAAUUUAAAUUAGUUCAACACAGCAGUGGCACACUGAGAUGAGCCUAAAGUAGGUUAAUUUACAAUCAAAGCCAAUAAUUUCAACUUUGACCAUUCAAGAGAAAUUAAUAGUUGUUUAUAUUCUUGCUGAGCACAGUUAUUGGUCGUUAUUGUCAAAGUGGCCACAAAUACUGCAUACACAUAGCUUACAGGUCCCGCAGCUAAUAAGAGAGGAAAAACGUCCUGGGUGAAAAUGUCGUGCACAUUCUAUUAGUGAAUGAAACUAUUAAUUAUAGUGAACAGCAAUACACUUACGUUCAAUGAAUUGAUUGUUGAGCUCUGAGGUGAACAACAAACGCAAAAACCAAAUCGGCAGUGCAAACAGAAAUUGAACAUCCAGAACGUGGCUGCGUAGGGUAUGCGUAUCGCUCAAGACUUAAAGAGGCUUUAAAACGUUUACGUGAAUGCGUCCCGCACAUAUAUGCAGUUCGCCAUGCCACUUACUUUGCGUGUGAAAGAUCGAAACGGCCAUCCAAUGCUACAUUAUUGAUCUUUGUAAGAACAAUUUAGGUUUCCGGUCUCGUACACAGAAAGGCCAAAAACUAGCAGCUGUAUAAAAUACUAAAAAUCUUUAACUUGUCUUGACGGAAUGGCCCGUAUUUAACAUAAAAAAUCUUGAGAAUCCGACGUCCAAACACCUAACACGACAAACGUGGAGUGCUACACGCGACACGUAAGAGAAAGAAGUCAUAUGACACCACUUUUAACCCCAGUUGCCACGCUACGGGUUAAGAGGUUUCGGGUGUCAGAAGGUCUCAAAAGCGUUUUAGAACCAGGCCUUAAUCUA